AAUUACUCUUCCCUUGUAUCAACAUUAUCUUAAUCCAUUUAUGAUUAAACAGUGGCGAAAAGUCGUUGAUCUCUCUCCAAAAAUGGUUUUUUUGAACAACUUUUCGCCAUAUUUUUCCCUCUAAAAUCUUGCAAUGUUUGCCCGGUGGCGAUCCCAGAAAUCUCUGCGCAUAUACAAGGAUCCGAUUUCUGGCAACUCAUUCAUUAGCAAAUUUCCGUUGUGACGAAAUAGGUCAUUGGCCAUUCUACACGUACAAAGCAUGCAAAGAUUCAAGAGAAAACUCGUGCUGAUAAUUUUAAUCUGUGUAUAUUUUGCGAUUUUUUUUAACGUCGCUUUGGAUCCAAUGUACUUGCAAUGGAUCCAUCGCUACGCCUUCGGACAUGAAAUUUUACGAGGAGAUGUUGUGAACAAGCAAGCUGAACUCUCAAGGCGUAUACAUUGCAAAGAGAAACUAGCAAUCCCUGGCGAAAUGUGUCCCAAACUUUUUUCGGAGAUUUCCUCCUGCGAUCUAACUGAGGAUGGAUUUUCCUGUCCUGACAUCCGACGUAAAGGGAAUACUACGCUGCGACAGGCCCAAUUGGUACUAACAAGAAUAUUACGAGUAUUCGACCUCAUUUCACGCAAGCACAACAUGCCAUACUGGGUGCGAUCCGGAUCCCUUUUAGGAGCCAUAAGGCACAAUGGGUUUAUUCCAUGGGAUGAUGAUAUAGAUGUAGAGAUGCCACUCAUUUAUUACAUCGACUUCUUUGAAAAAUUCUCCAGAGACCUACCAGAUGAUAUGUUCUUCCAAACCACCAGGACAGACGUGAACUACACGUACCACGACCGACUGCCGAAGAAUAUUUUUAACAUUUGGUCAGUCAGUGAUCAACGAGUGGGAUUGCAUCAUCUCCCUAGGCUUCCCAAAGUCAGAGAUCGAUCUAGCUGCUACAAAUUUUGUCUUAAAAGAGGAUGCGCUUAUCACGACGGUCUGCAGCUCGAUAUCUUCGUGGUCGAUUCAAUUCCUUGGGGAAUAUUUCCAUUGAGGGAAAUGACCUUUGAGGGAUUCAACAUUCUUGUUCCAAACAACUGGAAAAGUAUGAUAGCUGCUGAGUAUCCACAUUUUAUGGACUUACCUGAAAAGGAGUUGAGGCUCCCGAAAAAUAUGGACAUUGAUCCCGUGCACGGGUGCGAGGAGCUGUCAAAGAAGUAGAAAUCUGAAAUGUGGAACAUCGAUUACCGCAAGAUAAUAUACAUUUUAGCUAUGUGGCCAGGUGGUUUGAAAUGGGUAGACAAGAAUCUUGUUCUACAUCAAUUCAAAAUGGCUGCCCAAGUACUUGCUUUAGGCGGUAUCUUAUUGGUGAAACCGCUUCCUCUCACAGUCACAUUUAAAUCAGCACGCAAAAGAUUGAGAUUAUACAGACAUCGGCGACAACAGAAAUGAAAUUUGUAAUUGAGAUUGUGAACACUUCGGGCUUGAGGAACAUACUUUAGUUUAGAGCGCACGAUCUUUACUGAUCGCAACAAAUGCAUGAGAAGGACACGUGAGUGAAGCAAAUGUAUCUCGUAAAGAACUCUUAUGAUGAUUUUGUGAUUUAA